GAAAUGGGGGAAAAGGAAUGACACUACCAAAGAAAUAGAAUCAUUCAUUAUUCAUUUGAUUCUUCAUGGGAGAGAUGAUGACAGAAACCAACACCUACAUCUUCUACAUCAUCCUCUGCUUCCUCACAACUCUCCUCCUCCAAUAUUUCUUCCACCGCCGGACCACCAAUCUCCGCCGCCUUCCGCCAAGCCCGCCGUCGUUGCCGCUCCUCGGCCACCUCCACCUCCUCUCUCCUUCCCUCCACAAGUCCUUCACCGCCCUCUCCUCCAAGUAUGGUCCCCUCCUCUGCCUCCAGCUCGGCGCCGUCCGCUGCAUCGUCGUCUCCUCCGCCGCCCUCGCCACCGAGGUCUUCAAGACUCAGGAUCUCGCCUUCUCCUCCCGUCCCAAGUUCGCUUUCAGCGACGAGACCCCCUACGGCAGCUCUGGAUUCUUUGCUGCCCCUUAUGGCGACUACUGGCGCUUCAUGAAGAAGCUCACCAUGACCGAGCUUCUCGCUCCCAAGCAAGUCGAACGGUCACGUGCUGUUCGAUACGAAGAGGUCUUGAGAUUUUUGAAAAAAAUGGUCUCUGCCGCGGAGAAGAACCAGCUCGUUGAUGUUGGUGGCGAGCUCAUGAAGCUCACCAACAACAGCAUUUGCAGGAUGAUGAUGAGCAUAAGAUGUGCGGACGACGGCGACGAAUCGGAGAAGAUCCGACAGCUAGUGAAGGACACAAUGGAGGUCGGAGCAAAAGUCGCGUUCGGAGACGUGGUGGGGUGGCCGCUUAAAAGGCUGGCCUUUUGGAUAUACGGAAAACAAGCCAUCGACGUGACCAUGAGGUACGACGAGAUAUUAGAGAAAGCGUUGAAGCAACACGAGGAGAGAGGGAAGAUAGAGGGGUAUGAUAGAGAAGAUAGGGACUUGAUGGACAUAAUAUUAAAGGUUCAUCAAGAUAGUGAAGCUGAGUUUAAGAUUACAAGAACAAACGUCAAGGCUUAUUUGCUGGAUCUGUUCGUCGGCGGCACCGGCACCUCGACGGAGGUGAUGCAAUGGAUUGUUGCAGAGCUGAUCAACCACCCUAAAGAACUCCAAAAGCUAAGAGAUGAGAUCCUCUCCGUCGUCGGAGAUUCGAGGCUCGUCCAAGAAACCGACGUUGCCAAAAUGCCCUAUUUACAAGCCGUCGUGAAGGAAGGCCUAAGAAUGUAUCCCGCUGUGCCUAUUGCCAUGAGGAGCUGCCCGAAGAGUUGCAAGGUCAGCGGUUACGACAUACCGGAAAACACGAUGGUCGGUGUUAACCUAUUCGCGAUCAUGCGAGAUCCAAAUGUGUGGGAGGAUCCAAACGAGUUUCGGCCGGAGAGAUUCUUUUCCCCGGCGAAGGAAAAUGAGGGGAUGAAGCAAAUUCAGUACGAGAUCAAGGGCCAGAAUUUCAACUUUGUGCCGUUCGGCGGCGGAAGGAGGGGGUGUCCGGGAUCCACGUUGGCAUUCACGACGAGUACCCUCGUGGUCGCCGCCGUGGUUCAGUGCUUUGACUGGAAAGUUGACGGGAAAGAGGAGAAAAAGGCCAGUAUGGAGAUCGGGUCGGGUCUCGGGUUGCCCAUGGCCCACCCGCUUACUUGCAUUCCGGUUGUGAAGUUCAACCCGUUUGGUUCUAAUUAAAGGAAUUUGCAAAUAU